AUCUAGGAAGAAAAUGGCGUCACUGGUGAAAUAUAACCAAAACGUCUUUCUGUAUUUGUAAAGGAUUCGGAGCUGUGAUGAGAGAGGAGCAAAAAUAUUAUAAAAAUUGUAUUUAUCCUGGUAUUUGAUUCUUAUAUGUGUUGUUUAUUUUUAUUAAAUUAAUAAAUAUAUUAUUUCGCAUAAAAUUUUAACUAUUAUCUGUAAAUAGUUAUUGUAUAAUUGAAUUUUAUUGCGUUAUAAGGAUAAAAAUACUCUGAAGGUUAACAACACAGGCUUCCACACCCUCGUUUUAUUUUAAACACCCUGUUUUUAUUUAUUGAUUAUUAAUUAUUUAAGUUAAUAAUUAUAAUACUGUCAUCUGAACAAUAUUUAUUUAUUAAAAUUGUAUUAUAAAAUUAAUAACAAUAAAAAUAACACAUCAAUAUGCCGACAUCCAAACCUUUAAGCGUUGCCGUAAUAUGUUCUAGUAACAUGAACCGAAGUAUGGAGGCCCAUGCUUUUUUGAGCAAAAAGGGCUUCAAUGUAAAGUCCUUCGGAACUGGAGAUAAAGUCAAAUUACCUGGAAGUGGACCAGACAAACCUAAUGUUUACGAUUUCGGCACAACAUACGACGAAAUUUAUAAUGAUUUAUUGGUUAAAGAUAAACAAUUAUAUACUCAAAUGGGCUUGCUGCACAUGUUAGAUCGGAACAGGAGGAUAAAACCCAGACCGGAAAGAUUCCAAGAGACUAAAGAAAAAUUUGAUAUUCUUAUAACAUGUGAAGAGAGAGUUUAUGAUCAAGUAGUAGAAUAUUGGAGUAGUAGGACUUCCGUCAAUCAUCAACCGGCCCAUUUAAUUAAUUUAGAUAUUCAAGAUAACCACGAAGAGGCUACUGUCGGAUCAUUUUUGAUCUGUGAAUUAGUUACCACGCUUGCCGGCAGUGAUGAUCUAGAUAAUGACAUUGAUGGUUUGCUGAACGAGUUUGAAGACAACAAAAUUUCAAAACCUUUGCUACACACUGUUGUGUUUUACUGAAGUCUAACCAUCAUUGUAAAAAUUUAUCUCAAGCUGGACGGAGAUUUACCUCAAUAACCUGAUGGUUAUAAUUGGCUACGUUGAUUGGCGAUAAACCAGGAAAUUUGAAUAUGUAAAUAGAAUCAACCAAUGGAAGAUUGGUUUCACCGCUAAAUGUAAACAAUUAUUGUGUAUAAAUUGACUAAUAAUUUCAAGUAUUAUGUGUAUAUAUUGAUGACCAAUUGCUCAUCAUAAUUCAGAAUUUACUUUGCCUUGAAGACAUCUACACUGACUUGAUAAUGAUCAACAACGUUUUGUAACAGCAACUUUUAAUUAAGCUAAAAAUAAUUUGAGACUGGAAACUUGUUCUGAUUUAUUUAAAGGACAUUAUCAUUGUGACAUCAAUUGAAGAUAAUGACAACUAAAAUAAGAGAUGAAACAUUUAAAUAUUAAAUAUUGAAUAAAGAUUCUAAGGUUGAGGAAUGUAUACCAUAAUUAAUGGUAUCAAUAGCGAGAGAAUGCAACAAAUAGUUACAAUAAUUUUAAAAAACUAAAUCUAAAUAGAUAUAAAUAAAAUAUAUACAUCAAAUAAA